AUGUGGGUAGCCUGGUGUGUGGCCGCUCUGGCCUCAGCUGCAGUGUGUGGUGUCUGCCAAGAGACAAACACGGUCCUCAGGGUUACCAAGGACGUGCUGAGUAACGCCAUCUCGGGUGCCCUGGAGCGCAGUGAUGCCUUGCAAUCAGCCCUGCGUGAGGUGCCCAUGGGUAAAGCUGGCGCGGCUGCUGGUGGACCUUUUCUGGGGGGCUUGCUCGGUGGAAGUGGAGGCGGAAGCGGAGGUGGUGGGGGAGGUGGUCUGCUGGGAGGCCUGCUGGGUGGUGGCAGUGGAGGAGGCGGUGGUGACCUGCUGGGGGGUGGCUUACUGGGUGGCAGUGGCAGCAGCGGUGGUGGGGGGCUUCUAGGGGGCAGCGGUGGAGGGCUGCUGGGUGGAGGCAGCAGUGGUGGUGGGGGGCUUCUAGGAGGAGGCAGCGGUGGUGGGGGGCUCUUAGGGGGCAGUGGCGGUGGUCUCCUGGGGGGCAGUGGCGGAGGGCUGCUCGGUGGCGCUGGUGGUCUUCUGGGCGGAGGGCGCCAUCGCUACGAUGACUACAGACGCGUUGAAUUCCCCCGAGGUGUUGGUGGCGUCCCCUACAAUGACUUCCAUGUCCGAGAGCCCCCUCCCAAAUACACCAACGGCAAACAGCUGGGCGGGAACUACAGGUACGGCCACGUGGAGACCAACGACAACACGGCCCAGCUGGGCGGCAAGUACCGCUACGGGGAGAUCCUGGAGUCGGACGGCAGCGUCCGGGACCUCCGAAGCGAGGACUACAGUGCUGCAGAGCCUGGGCGUGGCCGCUACGGGGGAUCCGGGCGGUACAGGUCGGCAGAGGUCCCCACCUCUGGGCACCGGCUUUAUCGGCGAGACCUGCGGAGAGACCUGAGGCCUGGAGAGCUCCCACCUGGUGUGGCCACUGGGGCGCUGGGCCCUGGUGGCCUGCUGGGCACUGGAGGCAUGCUGGCAGCAGAUGGCAUCCUGUCUGGUCAAGGUGGCCUGCUUGGCGGAGGUGGUCUCCUGGGUGACGGAGGACUUCUCGGAGGAGGGGGCGUCCUGGGCGUGCUUGGUGAGGGCGGCAUCUUGAGCACCGUGCAAGGCAUCACAGGGCUGCGCAUUGUGGAGCUGACCCUCCCACGGGUGUCUGUGCGGCUCCUGCCUGGUGUCGGCGUUUACCUGAGCUUGUACACCCGUGUGGCCAUCAACGGCAAAAGCCUCAUCGGCUUCCUGGACAUCGCGGUGGAAGUGAAUAUCACCGCCAAGGUCCGGCUGACCAUGGACCGCACAGGGUACCCUCGGCUGGUCAUCGAGCGCUGUGAUACCCUCCUGGGAGGCAUCAAAGUGAAGCUGCUGCGAGGCCUUCUCCCCAACCUCGUGGACAACUUGGUGAAUCGAGUCCUGGCCAACGUCCUCCCUGACCUGCUCUGCCCCAUCGUGGAUGUGGUACUGGGGCUUGUCAACGACCAGCUGGGUCUUGUGGACUCACUGGUGCCCCUGGGGAUCCUGGGAAGUGUGCAGUACACCUUCUCCAGCCUCCCGCUGGUGACGGGCGAGUUCCUGGAGCUGGACCUCAACACUCUGGUUGGGGAGGCCGGAGGUGAGCUCAUCGAUUACCCACUGGGGAGACCUGCCGUAUCCCCCAGGCCUAGGAUGCCAGAGCUGCCCCCUAUGGGCGACAACACCAACUCCCAGCUGGCCAUCUCUGCCAACUUCCUCGGCUCGGUGCUGACGCUUCUGCAGAAGGAGAGGGCACUGGACAUUGACAUCACCGAUGGCAUGUUCGAGGAGCUUCCUCCCCUCACCACAUCCACACUCGGAGCCCUGAUUCCCAAGGUAUUCCAGCAGUACCCUGAGGCCCGGCCGCUCACCAUCAGGAUCCAGGUGCCCAACCCGCCGUCAGUGACUCUGCAGAAGGACAAGGCACUGGUGCAGGUGUUUGCCACCUCUGAGGUCAUGGUCUCCCAGCCCAACGAUGUGGAGACCACUAUCUGUCUCAUUGAUGUGAACACCGACCUCCUGGCCUCCUUUUCCGUGGAAGGAGACAAACUCAUGAUCGAUACCAAGCUGGACAAGACUGAGCUCAACCUCAGAACUUCAAAUGUGGGCAACUUUGAUGUGGGCCUCCUGGAGGUGCUGGUGGGGAAGAUCUUCGACCUGGCCUUCAUGCCCGCCAUGAAUGCUGUGCUGGGUUCUGGCGUCCCUCUCCCUAAAAUCCUCAACAUUGACUUCAGCAAUGCGGACAUUGAUGUCCUGGAGGACCUUCUGGUGCUGAGCGCCUGAAUGACAGAGCCGGAGAUGUUGACCAGCUGGGGAGAUGCCUGAGUCAGCCUGGGAGAGCUCCUACCAGACACAGUCCCAGGGCCCGAAUCUCCAGGCUUCUAGAAUGAGUUCCUGCUCUGUCUGCCUCCCCCUCAACCUGCCACUCGCUGAGAAGGGUCCAGCGCUGUGCCCUGGUGCAGAGUUGCACGGGCCACUCUGCCCCGGUGUGGCAUGUCUGCUGUGCACUUGCUGCUGUCAAUAAAAGC